AUGGCGUCGAGAUCGCUUCGGCGCUUCGGCUGCCUGCUCUGGGCUCUCGGCCUCAGCGCCCGCGUGGCCCGCUGCCAGGCCUCGGCGGACACAACAUCGUCAGGCCUGACCGUCUUGACGGGAACCAAGGCGGGAGAGUCGCAGUCAGAGACCACGUCCGAGGCCAAGACGCCCACCGGCUCCUACCAGACUUUCUCAACAACAAUCACGCUGGCCACGACGUCGCUGUCGUCGGCCCUCGAAACCACCAUCGCCGCCAACGGCACCGUGUCCACGUCGACCGUUGCUCCUCCCGAGCAGACAGUGACAUACCUCACCGGCUCCGUCCCCACCUCGAGCCCCGCCGCAGGCAACGUCUCGACCACCGUCGAGUCGCCUGCCCCCAAGCCCACCAACACGCGGCCCUGCAACAACUACCCCGAGUUCUGCGAGCGCAAGUACAGCAACAUCACCGUCGUCGGCUGCCACAACAGCCCUUUUGUGCGCCCCGGCAGCGCCGCUGCCAACCAGCAGUAUACCGUCGUCGACCAGCUCAACGACGGCGUCCGCUUCCUCCAGGCCCAGAUCCAGUGGCCCAAGAACGGCUCCGUCCCCCACUUUUGCCACACCACCUGCGACCUGUUCGACGCCGGGCCCAUCACGGACUGGCUGACCACGGUCAAGGACUGGGUCGCCGCCCACCCGUACGACGUCGUGACCAUCCUGCUGGGCAACGGCAACUACUCGACGCCGGCCCACUACGUGCCCUUCAUCGAGUCGACGGGCCUGCUGCAGUAUGUGUACACGCCGCCCGUGGUGCCCAUGUCGGUCGACAGCUGGCCGACGCUGGCGUCCAUGAUCCUGUCGGGCCAGCGCGUCGUCAUGCUCCUCGACUACAUGGCCGACCAGAAGGCGUACCCCUGGCUCAUGGACGAGUUUUCGCAGAUGUGGGAGACGCCCUUCGACCCCACCAACCAGACGUUCCCGUGCACCGUGCAGCGGCCGCCCGACCUCGCGCCCGCCAACGCCCGCAAGCGCCUGUACCUGAUGAACCACAACCUCAACGUCGAGGUCUCGCUGCUCGGCGCCUCGGUCCUCGUGCCCGCGGUGUCCCAGCUCAACCAGACCAACAACGCCACCGGCUACGGCAGCCUCGGCGCCGCCGCCGCCGGCUGCGACGCCGACUGGGGCCGCCCCCCCACCGUCCUCAACGUCGACUACUACAACUACGGCGGCUUCCCCGGCAGCGUCUUCGAGGUCGCCGCCCGCAUGAACAACGUCACGUACAACAGGCCCUGCUGCGGCAAGUCGUCGGCUGCCGCGAGGGUGCCGGCCGCCGCCGUGUCUCCCCUGCUAAAACAAUACCCGGUUAGUUAG